AGAAAAACAAGAAAAGACAUUGGUACUCGACCAUCACGAUCAGCAUGGCAGACCUAUUUCCAAGAAAGUAGUAAAACAUGAUCAAAGCCAAAAGCCCAAGGUAUUAGAAAUAUUCAUAUCCCAGCCCAGAUGCCUGCAGUUUGCACUCGAAAAAGCUCCUGAAACUCAGCGAUGUUGGCAGACAUUUGCUUGCAGUUGGGCCCUGACUCCACUUUGCGAAUUUGGCUGGCUUCUAAAUCUGGGUGUAUAAAGCUGCUUUUACAUGGGAUUUAUUAAAGUUUCCUGGCAUUGGCUCAUCUGGCUCCCCAACAACCAUAUCCCCAAGCAUUCAUCCACCUUCCGGCUUGCCAUCCUGGACAGAUUAGCCCCUCUAUCCGCUCGUAGUUCAUAGAGGCUUGAUAUUCCAAAUUUAAGGUGCUGUUUAUGUAACAAGGCUGAGCAUUCCAGGGACCAUAUUUGCUCCAAGAGGAUUUGGAAGGAAAUUUUGCAGCUCCCUCUUUAAAGAUAACCUGGGGGAUUGAACAACUCAGUUUACUUGGGCUGCUAGAGCCUGCCUGGUGUUGCUGGCAAGCUAGAAAACAGGAGACGAUAGGAAAGCUGGGCUGGGCCCCUUAGAAAUUUGACAACAAAUCCUUACAAGGCCCGGACGGCCCAUUCAGCUUCCAGUCCCCGGUACUUAACCAGACUGAAAUGUCAAAAAGGAGGGAAACUCAACCUAAAACCCUAACAUCACUGAGCAGAGUUACUGUCCAUUUCUCUGCUCUCUUUCUUCUUCUCUUUUAAAGAAAAAGAAGUAAACCCACGCUUUGUAAUCCAUGGAAUAACAUUUUAUCAUAACUAUUUUGUUCUCCAUCUUCCUGUUUUUUUGGAUUUUGUAGUUCUAAACAGAGCCCAGCCGUUUCAUAGCGUGCUAUGGCGAGGUUUCUUCGAAAUAUUUCUUCUCUGAAACGUUCUCUCUUCGCUCCAGAGGUAUGUAGGAGAGGGGUAUUAGGGUCAUCUUCUCAGCUGUGUGCCUUUUCUUCUAAAGGUAGAAGGAAAUCAAAGUCAGAUGGAAGCGACUCAUGUGACGAGAAUAUGUCCAAGAAAGAAUUGGCCCUAAAACAAGCCCUGGAUCAGAUUACUAGUUCUUUUGGAAAAGGAUCUAUUAUGUGGCUGGGUCGAUCUGUGUCUCCUAAAGAUGUUCCGGUAGUUUCCACUGGUUCUUUUGCUUUGGACAUAGCACUUGGAACUGGUGGACUUCCAAAGGGACGUGUUGUGGAGAUAUAUGGACCAGAGGCUUCUGGGAAAACAACUCUUGCCCUACAUGUAAUUGCUGAAGCACAGAAGCAAGGAGGUUAUUGUGUUUUUGUCGAUGCUGAGCAUGCUCUUGAUUCAGCUCUAGCUGAGGCAAUUGGGGUAAACACUGAGAAUUUGCUUCUUUCGCAACCUGAUUGUGGUGAACAAGCUCUCAGUCUUGUGGAUACACUAAUACGGAGUGGAUCUGUUGAUGUUGUUGUUGUUGACAGUGUAGCUGCCCUUGUGCCUAAAGGUGAGCUUGAUGGGGAGAUGGGUGAUGCUCAUAUGGCAAUGCAAGCUCGAUUGAUGAGCCAGGCUCUUCGUAAAUUGAGCCAUUCCUUAUCAUUAUCACAAACUAUAUUGAUUUUUGUAAAUCAGGUGAGGUCAAAACUUUCAACUUUUGGUGGAUUUGGUGGGCCAACUGAAGUUACCUGCGGUGGUAAUGCACUAAAGUUCUAUGCUUCAGUGCGUCUAAACAUAAGGAGAACAGGGCUUGUCAAGAAAGGAGAAGAGACUAUUGGAAGUCAAGUUCUUGUGAAGAUUGUGAAGAACAAGCUUGCGCCUCCAUUUAAGACAGCUCAAUUUGAGCUCGAGUUUGGCAGGGGAAUAUCUCGGGAAGGAGAGAUCAUAGAUUUAGCGCUAAAACACAAAUUUGUUACAAAGUCUGGUGCAUUCUACAGUUUCAAUGACCAUAAAAUCCAUGGCAAGGAAGCCUUUAAAAAAUUUUUGGCCGAAAAUGAAAGUGCUUGUGAAGAACUUGUGAUGAAACUUAGAGAAAAGCUACUGGAAACUGAGAGAAAGAAGGAAAGACAGACAGAUAUUUCUGAUGGGAAUACAUCAGAAGAAAUAAUUCCACCUGAUACAACCGAUGAAGAAGCUGCUACUGCCGUUGAAGCUUAAAUGUGCAUUGGACUCAGACUGAAACCCCCUUUGUUCCCAUUGCAGGUUCAGUCUUUUGUGGGGGUUGCUUUCUCCCUUUGGAUCAGUCGUUAGCUAGGUGAAUUUUUCGGUGGACACGAUGAUGGAAGGAUUUGAAAGUCCGUUGAUUCAUAGUCAUAUUCCACCCUUUUGAGUAUGUUGGUCGCAUUUGUACAUGUGUCGUAUAGUGCAUUGGAAAGUUUUGUGGAAUCAAUUUAGAUGAAGGAAGAAUACAGGAUCUUCAUUCAAAUUUCCAGGGGUA